AUGUCUGAUGGAAAUGAGUUGGCUUCUGACACAUACCAACAAGUAGAAUCAUCUACAACUUUAAUACAGCCUAUAGUAGAUGAAUUGGCAUUGGCUGAAGUUGAUGUUGUCCCAAGCCAACCAAUGUCUGAUGGAACUGAGUUGGCUUCUGACCAAAACCAACAAGUAGAAUCAUCUACAACUUUAAUACAGCCUAUAGUAGAUGAAUUGGCAUUGGCUGAAGUUGAUGUUGUCCCAAGCCAACCAAUGUCUGAUGGAACUGAGUUAGCUUCUUACCCCAAUCAGCAAGUAGAAUCUACAAUAGUUGAUGAAUUGACAUUGACUGAAGUUGAUGUUGUCCCAAGCCCACCAAUGUCUGGUGAUUCUAACCCACAACCAUUAUUUGGUAGAAUAACUGAUCAAGUUGCCGCUCUCCCAAAGUCAGAAGUGUUGUCGGUGGAAGUGAAGGACGCCAAUGUGACGGAGAAGGCGCUCCACUGCGGUUACAACUCCUGUAAUGCAGAGAGUGUUGGCCUCUCCAACAGCAGCUACUCCGGCGGGAGUGAAGGUUCGGUCCUCUCUAAUUUAUAUAUCUUGGCCACCAUCUUCCUGAUCGCCUCUCUCCUCGCCCCAGUCAUCAUCGUCAUCUUCGUCGAUCCCCUCAGCAGAUUCAUUAACAUUGACGAGAGUCGCAGCAGAAGCAAGAGCAGCUUGCAGCUUCUGGUAGCCACAUUCAACCACUUACGCCAUCCAUACCAGCUGCUGCUCAUCCCUAUAUCUGCAGUUGUUGGCUUCAACACUGGGACCCUCAUGGCAGACUACACUGCCGCGUACAUCUCGUGCGUGUUGGGUGUGCAUAUGGUGGGUUACAUCAUAGUAUGUUUUGGUGCAAGUUCGGCUGUGUGCGCGUUGGGGAUGAGCCUCCUAGUGAAGGUGUUGGGUCUAGUGACAGUAUUCACCUUGGGGUUCCUCAUCAACUUGGGCCUCAUCCUCGUCAUGAUCUUCUGGGUACCACAACCCGACGACAUGAUUUGGUUCUUCAUCAUAGGUGGCAUCUGGGGAUUGUCUGAUGCUAUCUGGCAGACGCAGGUUACUGUGCUGUAUGCCGUGGUCUUCCCUAAGCAGAUGGAUGAGGCCUUCACCAACUCCGUCCUAUGGAUGUGUUUUGGCUAUAGUGCCUCCUAUGCCAGUAGCAGUGUCCUCUGCCUCAAUUCCAAGGUGAUCAUUUUCAUCAUCCUUCUCGUGUUGGGCAUCCUCGGGUACUAUGCCAUAGAAACAAUAGAGAAGAUGGGAGGCCUCAAGAAGACUGUGGAUGGCAAUGUAAUACCACUUGACCGUCUCAUUACCAGAGCUUUCUGUGAAACCACUUGACACUUCUGUUUCUCCAGUGUUGAAAUAAUGAUGAAUUAUUAUUUUGGACAGGUGAUUUGGUUGCAUUAUUGUUUUGGUGACUUUAGUCAUUGUUCUUGUUUUACUUAGGAAUCCUCCAGUGUCCUUGUAUAUUAUGUAUAUAUGCAUGCACACAUGUAUGUAUGUAUUGUAACAACCAGGAAAAUCCUC